AUAAUCUUUGGGUCUACUGGAGCUACCCACUUCGAUCAAUUAGCCAAGAUUUUGACCAGAUACGAAAUAACUGGUGCUCGAUCUAGUGGUCUUUUUAUGGGGAUUCUAUCUAUAGUUGUAGGAUCCCUAUUCAAGAUCACUGCAGUUCCUUUUCGGGCGGUUAUAGAACGAACGACCGCUUAUAGGUGUCAAGUGCAAAAAACACAGUUGAAUCACGCAACGCAUGCUGCUGGUGUGCUUCCUGCCCGCGAGGAAAGAAGAGCGACAAGGUUUAGUUCAGAUUUGACUGUUUGCAGCAUGGGAGCGGAUUACCCCAAAAAUCCUUGGGAACAAUUUAAAAAAAUAUAUCUCGGUAACAAAAACAAUAGGGGGUUGUAUUGGCGAGAUCCAAUGGUGAACAGCUGUCCAAAACAAAAACCGCCUGGAAGUCCGAGGACCUUUAGUACCGUACCCUACCCCCGAACCAGCAGCCUUUGCGCCAAGCAAGACCGCCCUUGUCCUUUCUCCAUUCUGCCUCCUUCUUUGCUUUGUUCCAAUAUAGUCUAA